AUGCCUUCAUUCCCACCCUCGCGGAUGCUCGCUGCGCUUCUGGUUAGAUGGCACAGCCUGGCAUAUAGCAUUUUGAUGUUCGGACUCCUGUUUCUGCUCACGGCCUUGUAUUUCCUCUUGUCCCAAGGGGCUUCACGUCUCCAGCGCCGUCUAAGCGUCCGAAUCACUCUCGCAGAACCCGGAGGUGGCACUGCGAGGGAGUCGGAUGAAGGUAACAGGACCCCAAGAACUAGUAACAGCGUUUCAAGACAGGGGAAUGUCUCGAGCCAACUGAAGUCGAUGCACGUCCGAUCUGAAGAUACACCGACGCCAGCAAUCAACACCCAGAAACGAAAGUUGGACCCUGAAAACUAUACGGUAGGCUGGAUCUGCGCCCUAAGAAUGGAGCAUUUCGCCGCGUGUGCACUUCUUGAUGAGGAGCACCAAGGACCAGAAUAUGUGCCCGGUGUUACAGAUAUCGCGUAUACCUUGGGCAGGAUGGGACAACACAACGUUGUUAUCGUUGUCAUGCCCGAGGCAUGUUCAAAUCCCGCCUCGGUUGCCGCUCGACAUCUCUCAUACAGUUUUCCCAACAUCAGGUUCGGUCUCAUGGUUGGCAUAGGAGGCGGGGCGCCAAGUCGAAAAAAUGAUGUACGCCUCGGCGAUAUCGUUGUUAGCGUUCCUCGUGGUGACAGCCAUGGUGUGUUCCAGUACGACCUCGGCAGGACCAUGCAAGACGGAAGCCUCCAUGUAACCAGCGUUUUAAAUCAGCCGCCAAUCUUUCUGCGAAAUGCGGUGGACAGACUCCAGUUCCGGUAUGAGAUUCCAGGCCAACAACUUCAACAAACUAUCAGCAGCAUCCUCAAAAGAAACCCAAGAUUACAAAGCUUUAAGCGACCACAUCCCAGCGCAGACAGGCUGUAUCGAGCUAAAGUCACGCAUCCUCCAGGUACAGCGAGAUGUGAGACGUCCUGCGGUACUGACCCGAUGAAGCUGGUGCGGCGAAAUGAGCGGGAUCCGUUCAAAAGCUAUCCAGCUGUUCAUUACGGGGUGAUUGCCUCGGCGAGCCAGAUGCCAAGGGACGCGUUUAUUCGCGAUAAGCUUGUAGCAGAGAAGAAUGUUAUUUGUUUUGAAAUGGAAGCUGCUGGUUUAAUGAGCUACUUUCCAUGCUUAGUUAUUCGUAGCAUAUAUAACUAUGCGGACUCCCAUAAUAAUGAUGAGUGGCUGCAGUAUGCCGCAAUAUCAGCAGCGGCAUAUGCGAAAGAUUUACUCUAUCAAAUACCCAUAGCUGCGGUCAAAUCUCAGAAGAGAAUUAGCGAUAUACUGAAAGCUGCCGAAAACCCUGCAAAAUCGGACGCAGACGCCUCGCAGGCACAGCGUAUAGCGAAGCAGCAGGCAGCCCGUCGGGCCUGGUCCCCCGAGGAAGUACAGUGUCUUCAAUCACUUCGUCUUGCGGGAAAUAACGAGAACACCGCGUAUGAGUGGUACAAGAAUCGCGUCGAAGACCCAUUGGAAGGUACCUGUCUGUGGUUCCUCCAGCAGCAUCAUUUCCAGAAGUGGCAGAAACAAGACUCUGGUGUACUUCUACUCCUGGCGGGCCCUGGUCAUGGAAAGUCAGUGCUGGUCAAAUAUCUAGUCGACCACGGUCUACCCAAAACAUCAACCAUCUGUUACUUUUUCUUUCAGAAAAACGUUCAGGACCAGGUUUGCCAGGCACUUUGCGCCUUGCUCCAUCAGCUCUUUUCUCAAAAUCCAGCCCUUAUUGACCAUGCUAUGCUACAAUUUCGCAGAGACAAGCAGGGGUUAACUAAUUCUACCGAAUUACUCUGGGGCAUCCUUAAAAAUGCUGUGAAAGAUUCUCGCGGUGGGCCUAUCAUCUUUGUUCUAGACGCCUUGGACGUGUGUACAGACUCAGAUUUGAGGGGCUUGGCACAAAAUAUCCACAAUCAUGCUACCAGCGACCGGAUAGGUUCCAACAAGCUAAAAUAUCUCUUGACAAGUCGGCCUGAUCGCCCUCUAUUUCCCUUCUGCAACCAUCCAUCAGAAGAUUCUCCACAUAUCACGAUAUUCGAAGAUGACACAUCUAGAUUUAUUAUGGACGACGUGACCCAUUUCGUUACGCACCGAGUUGCUCAGCUGUCAAGGACGAAAGACCUCUUGAAUAGUACUAAAAGUCACCUAGAGUGGAUAUUACAGGGGAAGCGUGAUAGUUCUCACCUCUGGAUACGCCUUGUGUUUGAAUAUUUGGAAAGACAAAACUUGGAAAAUUCACCAAGAACGAUCGACAUUUUUAUUGCAAAACUUCCGAUGAGUGUUCCAAGGGUAUAUGGGGUCAUUUUUGAUUCGCUUGAGUCUCAGGAACAACCAACAGCCCUCAAAGUUCUAAAUCUUAUCCUAGCAGCAAAUCGGCCACUGACCAUCUCAGAGGUGAAUAUUGCCAUGAGUUUACAUGAUACAGUCAAGUCUAUUCACGAUAUUGACUUACAAAAUGAGGAAGAUUUGAAGACACGGCUUCAAUCUAUGUGUGGAUCAUUCAUCUCAAUUUACAAAGGCAGUAUCUAUUUCCGUCAUGAAACUGCUCGCGAGUUCCUUCUCACUGAUGCGUCAUUAACCUCACCAAUCCCAUCAGAACCUCGCCAUCAUUCCACCAGUCUCAUGCAAGCACAUACUACACUGGUGGAGGCCUGCGUGCUGUAUUUGAACUUACUCAACGCCGAUCUUGAGCUUCCAGAGGAGACUAUUGGGGAAGCAAACGCAGCCAACCCCAGGUACGCCUUUUUAGACUACUCGGCCAAGAAUUGGGCAUCUCACUUUCGCCAAGCCAAUAUUACCGACAACGCUGCAGUUAUACCACGUGUUCUCAAAAUUUGCGAUUCCAACUCAAGGAGCUAUGCGGCAUGGUUUGAAAUCUACAGGCAAACCGUGAGUGCGGAAAUCCCCGGGAAAUUGACGAAUCUCAUGUUGGCUUCACACUAUGGCCAUCUUCCCAUCGUUGAUCUUUUACUUCAAGGGAGCGCCAAAAUCGAGGGGGACAAUGACAAAGACAGUCGGACACCGCUAUCAUGGGCCGCCCAGAGCGGGUAUGAGGCCGUUGCUCGUCUGCUUCUCGAAGAAGGUGCCAAUAUUGAGGCCAAGGACAGCCAGAGCGGUCGGACGCCGCUCUCUUGGGCCGCCGAGAAUGGACACGAGGCCGUUGUCAGAUUACUCCUCGAUAAAGGUGCCAAUAUCGAAGCCAAAGACAGCCAGCGAGGUCAGACGCCGCUCUCGUGGGCCGUCGAGAACGGGCAUGAGGCCGUUGUUGGUCUGCUUCUACAGAAAGGUGCUAAUAUCGAAGCCAAGGACAGCCGGUACGGUCGGACGCCGCUCUCGCAAGCCGCCGAGAGCGGCCGCGAGGGACUUGUCUGGCUGUUGCUACACAGGGGAGCCGACAUCUACACCAAAGACAAAUAUAGUCAGACACCGCUAUAUUGGGCAGCCAGGAUGGGGCACGAGGCCGUGGUGCAAUUGCUUCUCGAGAAAGGCGCAACCAUCGAGGCAGAGCAUACCAUAAAUGGGCAAACGCCGUUAUUAUGGGCUGCUGAGAAUGGGCACGAAGUGCUGACAUGGCUGCUGCUAGACCAGGGUGCCGAUAUCGAAGCAAUAAACACGUCCGGUUGGACGCCAUUAUUAUUAUGCGCUAAGAACGGGCACGAGGCCGUGGUGAAGCUACUUCUCGAGAGAAGCGCAAACAUUGAGUCAAAGGAUACCCAAGACGGACGGACGCCGUUAUCAUGGGCUGCAGAAAACGGGCAUAAAGAAGUGGUAAUGCUGCUGCUAAAAAAAGGCGCCCAUAUUGAGGCAAAGGAUACCAAGGAUGAACGGACACCACUAUCCUGGGCCGCUGAGAGAGGACAUGGGGCUGUCGUGAAGCUGCUGCUCCGAGGGGGUGCCAAUGUUGAGACACGGGAUAACAAACAUGGAUGGACGCCGCUCGCUUGGGCAGCCGAGAGAGGGCACAAGGAUAUUGUUGAUCUGCUUAUUGAUGGCGGGUCUGACUUUGAGGUGGAAGAUAAUACUGGCCAGACACCACUGUUACUGGCGGGCCGCAAUGGUUAUGAUGCCAUCGUUGGUCGACUUCUCAGCGACCUUGCUGGUUUCGAUGUGAGGGAUGAAAAUGGCAGGACGCUGUUAUCCCUGGCCGCCGAGAAGGGCUACGAAAAUAUUGUCAGGCUCUUGCUCAAGGACGGGGCCGCAGUCGACCCAACGGAUAGGGAAACCGACCGGACGCCGCUUUCGUGGGCCGCCGAAAAGGGGCACGAGGAGAUUUCCAGACUGCUUCUAGACUCUGGCGCCGACGUGGGCUUGAAAGACUUCCAUGGCCAGACUCCUCUUUCUUGGGCGGCCAAGACGGACAACAAGAAUAUCGUCGCGCUGCUUCAGGAGGCUAGUGAACUUGCCCAGAGAAGGAAGGAGGCACGAAGCAGUGGUCGGGCAUUCUUCUGGGAUUCCCAAGUCACCUCUUUCUCAAACCAUGAGGCAUAA